AUGACACUCAAGCUUAAACCACGUAAAUCACUUUCAGCAUUCACAUUCUCGCUUUCCCCUUCACCUUCAACAGAUCUUCCUUCAACCUCGACUAGCGCUCGAAAUGAACCAAUACCACCUAGACCACCUGGUGAUUUUAUACCUGAAAAAGAUAUGUACAUGUUCGGUACAUAUCCUUUACAAGGUGAUGGUGAGAUUGGAAAAGGUAUCAUAAGAUGUAAAAGAUGUUUCAAGGUUACUAUGGAAUGGGCUGCUGGUGAACAUCGAAGAAUCUGCAAUCAUAUCUUGGAUGGUACUCCUUUAACAACUAAGAAAGUUAGUAAAGCUAGUAAAACUACCGAACUAUCGAAAAAGCGAAGGGCAAGUGAGGUAUCAAACCCGAAUUUAUCACCUAAAAAACGAUCCAAACUCUCCGCUAUACCAGCUUCAGUCGCCAACACAGCUACGGCACAAGUACUCGUCGAAAAGGAAAAUGAAGAUGUAGACGACGACUCUUCAUCCUACAAAGGAUUGAAAAAAUCCGAAAUUCGAAAGAUGGAAAAAGAAAAAUUAAGAUUGGAGAGAAAAGAAGCAAAGGAAAAAGAAAAAUUGGAAGUCGCUGAAAGAAAAAGAUUAAGAGCUCUCAACCCUAUCAACCUGGAUCGACAGUGUGGAGUGAUCAACGACAAAUCGACUCCUUGUGCACGUUCGUUAACAUGUAAAACACACACCGUCGGUGCUAAACGUGCAGUUCAAGGUAGAUCAAGACCUUAUGAUGAGUUGUUUAUAGAUUGGCAAGUUGAACAUAAUCCAAACUUCAAAGUACCUCAAAAACGUGAGAUCAAAGAGAAGGAGAAAGUUAAAAAGAAGAAGAAGUUAUUCACUAGAAGAGGAGGCGAAGAAGGUUUGGAAGAUGACGAAGAUGGAUUAAGAGAAUUAGAAGAAUUAAUCAAUUUAACUAAAGUUUCAGGCGAAAGAGUCAAAUCAAAUUUCAGCAAUCUAGGUCAACCACAACCUUUACUAUCGACAUUGCCCUCCAACCAGAAUCAACUUCAGACGCAGGUGACAGAGAAAGGUGCAUCAACGACAACUGCUCCAACGACGAAACUACCUAGUACUGCCACUGGAAAUGGUAAUGCCAGACCAUCAAUAAGUGGUGGAAGUGGAAUCAGUGAUAAGGGUAAAUCAAACUCUACUUUGAAAAUACCGGUUAUCACCAACAACAUUACUAGUAAUAACAAUAAUGUCAUACCAUUUCAAACUAUUUGGAGAUCGAGUUCAAGCGAAUUUGCUUCUGUUGGUCAUUUAUUAACCUCGGCUUUGGCAGCAAGGAAUAAAUCUAAUAAUCAAGGUAAACUGAAUAUAUCAAGGAUAGCAGGUGUAGUAGUUGGUAACAGCAACACGAUGACCACUGGAACAGGUAAAUCAAAAGGAAAAGGGAAUGGAGUAGAUCAUCAAAGUUUAUUUGGCGUGACAGCGUAA